CGCGAGAAAGGCCAAGCCCCCCAGUCAGCAUGAGAAAGUCAGAAGUCGACAUGAGAGAGGAGGGUCAAGCAAGACAGCCCCGCAUAACUUCACCUCAGCAGCAGCAGCGCUUCCCACGACCAGACUAAUCCGCCUUACGCGUUUCUCCACCCUCACAAGUGCUACAAGAUAGCAACGCGAACCAAACCUCAUAACCCGUUGUCGCUGCCGUAUGUUCCGUGCCGAGAAUAUUUGUCUCGCAUAGCCUGGGCAGUGUCAGCCCAGCGAAGCUCGAAGCAACUCACCUCCAGGCGGAACCUCAUCUCCCUUGCGUUUCGCCAUUUUGGGGAACAAGGGUGUCUCGAAGCCUAAUUCCUAGCCGCCAUGGCUCCGUUUUGGGAGUUCCGCGUGCAUUCCGUGCCCAACCCGCACCCGCAGCUCGGCCAAAAGCCGCGCCCCAGCGCGCUUCUCAUCCCCGAGCCCGUCGACCCUCCGCCCACCCCCCGCCCCUGCGCCACACAACCCCCGCGUCCCUCCGCGCAUCUCCCGAAAAUCCUGAACCAAUCGCUUUGGCCCAACCAACCGCCGCUUUUCCUCUCCGCCCAUCCAGCCGCGUCCAUCCCUGAGCCCUCCGCCCCGUCUCUUGCGCCGCCGCCCGCUCCGCGCACUGCGCAAGGGCGGAAGCCGCGCCAGCGUCCGCCGCGGCAGCCGAAGCUCUGGGACCUGCUCCCCGAGCUCCCCCCUGCGCCCCGCCCCUACGCCCCGUCACGCCCCCCCGCACCCCCGCUCCCCUCCAAGGGGGAAAUAGAGUCCGCCUUGGUCUCGCGCCCUUCCGGUCAGCCGUCUGCGACGCCGUUCUGGCAGCCGGCCCCGCGAAACCCUAACCGACAAGUGUCUAUCGGCUUCCCGACAGCAGGUUCUGGCGGCGUGAUAGAUCUCUCAACGUGGGGCUCCGCCACGGGCGGCGCUGUGCGCGGGGGAGACGCAGGGCGCGGGCGGAUAAAUCAGCGGGAAUGGCAGCGGGAUAUCCCCCAGAUUCCAUCGAAUUCCGCCACUAAUAGUCGGAAAAGCCAGGAGAGGGGACAGGCCCGGGGAUCCGACGCUGCGUCCGCCAGCAAUAGCCAAAUCCAAGCGCCGCCCGUUGCGCGGCCCCGCGAGGGGCUGGCAGCGCCGCUGAUCGUGGCGCGCGCGCCUUCCAGCCAACCUGUGAUCUGCGGGGCUGCUGCUGCUUCCUCAGCGCGCGUUGAGGAUCCCACACUCUCCACUGCUGCACCUUCCUCAAGGGACCUCUCAGUGACCAGGCAGCACCGAGACUCCUGCACAUGCUCUGUGGACUAUUCCUCGCUAUGGGGGUCAUUAAUCUCAGCUGCUGCGGACGUUGCUUCGGUGGUUGGCGAGGUUGCUUCGCUCAUCGCACCACUAUCACCCACAUCCUCCUCUCUAACAAGCAGUGCCAGAAUCCCUCUUUCAGCAGCUGCUAAAAAACCCACUGGCACUAGCGUUGCCGCACUAGCCACGAAGGGUGUUGGAUCAUCAAGGGCUCAAAGCCCUUCAUCUGUCCUCCAAACCCAUGCACUAUCUGACAUCUCGUCGGAGCCAAGCCCGGACACGAGCACAUGAUAUCCUAGUGUGCAGGUGUUAACCUUGCAUACUUCCCAGUUGUGACUUAGUCAGCGAAGUUGAAAUGACAACAUAUUUUGAGUUCUCAAAGUUCACCUAGUUACGCUUGCACCCACCCAAGAAUUGAGUGUGUGUGGCUGUUUUGCUGUCUAGCAUAGCCAUUAUAGGCAACC